CGCGGCAGGCCAUGGAGGCGCUGCGGGAGGCGCUGCGGGAGGCGCUGGCGGGGCUGCGGGGCGCCGGCGGAGGCGGAGGCGGGGAGGCCUUCGACCGGGGCCGCUUCUGGGAGGCGCUGGCGGGAGCCUUCGGGGCCGCCUCGCGGGAAGCCACGCGGCUCAGCCUGGCCGCCGCCCGAGCCCAGACGUGCGAGACGCUGAGUGAAGAGGUGCGCAGUGCCAUCAUUGGAGCUGUCUUAGUGUAUUACCAGCUCCCAGAGAGCCAAGGGAAGGCCCUGAACAAUGCUGUCCGCUGUGCCACGAUCCAGAUGGUGGAAGGGAUGAUUCAGCUCAUAGAGGUGAUCCUCCGGACCCCCCAGGAGAGCCUGUCUCAGGAGCAGCUGAUCUCAACCGGGGGCGUCUGGGAGGCCUGCGACCGAGUUUCCUGCCUGCCGCAUGACAACCUGGCAGCGGCCACGUUGGCCAUUUCUUCCUGCCUGGAACUUAUCAAGGAUGCCCUGGAGGAGAUGGAGCAGAUGCAGACCGAGGGAGGGGCGUCUCCCGGGGAUCUGCUGGAGGAGGAAGCCCUGGGCUUUGCCUGGACAGACGCCGAGCGGCAGCUGUUGGGCCCCUGCCGAGGGCUGGUGAAGGCCACCAAGGCUGGGCUGAGGAAAUUGCUGGCGGCCAUGAGGACUCACGGCGGAGCAGAUACGGCGGAGCAGGUGGCUCAGCUGGAUGCCCUGGCUGAGGCUGCGGCUGAGCUCAGCCCCAGCGUGGAUGAACUGGUGCUCAGCCUCUGCCCGCCCGUGAACCAGCUUGCUCUGCGGCUGAACGCUGGGAAACUGGCUUCGGUGCUGAUGAAGAUGCUGGAAGUCACCAGGACGAGCCACGUCUGCCCUCCCUCUGAAGAGAGCUGGGUGCGGUUCCUGGCUGAAGCAGUGGACCACAACCUAGGCAAGAUCAAGGACGCCACCCAAGGCCUGCUGGGGGACCCUGGCUCGGCAGGGGAGGGCGGGUGCUGCGCGGGAGACACCCGGCCAGAGGGGCAGCCGUAGCACUUUGGUCCCCAGUGUGGGCAGUAAAGGACCUUUGGCCUCUGUGCAAGGAG